AUCAAAUAAAAGCAUCCAUAUAUCUUACCAUCCAUACCUCCUCAAAACAAAACAAAACGAAAAACAGAUAAAAAAUUAUCACACUUAGCCAUAUUUUGAUCAGGAGAUGGAGAUGGAAGCAAUGAUCGGCACCGGCACGGGAGAAGAGCAGAUACCGCCGGGAGUGCCGAUGUCGAUGGAGCAACACAUGCUCGACAAAGGUGCACAGAUGAUGCAGUCUUUGAAGCCCAUCAAGGAAAUGAGCCAGCAUGUUUGUACUUUUGCUUUGUAUAGUGAUGAUAUGAGUCGCCAGAUCGAGACUCAUCACUAUGUGACUCGACUCAACGAGGACUUUCUUCAGUGUGCUGUCUAUGAUUCCGAUGACUCUCAUGGCCGUCUCAUCGGCGUGGAGUAUAUAGUAUCGGAUAAGAUCUUUGAGAAUCUGCCUCCGGAUGAGCAGAAGCUCUGGCACACACAUGCCUAUGAGAUCAAGUCAGGCCUGUGGAUGAAUCCUCGAGUUCCGGAAUUGUUGAUGAAACCCGAACUAGAAAAUCUUACCAAGACCUAUGGCAAGUUUUGGUGUACAUGGCAAACCGAUAGAGGUGAUAGGCUACCGAUGGGGGCACCAGCACUGAUGAUGUCGCCGCAAGCGGUGAACUUAGGGAUGGUGAAGGCCGAGCUUUUAAAGAAGAGGGAUGACAAGUACAACGUGUCAAGCGACGCUCUCAAGACUUCGAGGGUGGAGCUCCCCGAGCCGGAGUGGCUCAAUCCGCAAGCGGACUACUGGAAGCAGCACGGGAAAGGAUUCAAGAUCGACGUCGAGACUACUGAUAUUAAACGGAGGGAAGGCGUGGCCUUUCCGUGAAUUACUAUAUAUGAGCUUCAUGAACGAGAGUCUCUUUAGUGUGUAUUAAGUGUAAUUUUAUGUGUUUACUUAGGUCGUGUAA